GGAGCCGCGCCUGCGCCGUGAGCUUCGGCGGUCGAGAUCUCGGUGAGGGAAGCCGGCGGGCGGUGCCGCGGGAAGGUGAUGGCGGCGGCCGCGGCCCGGGGAGGCGGUGGCGGCGGCUCCGGCUCGGGCUCCGGCGCCGGCGCGUCACGGGGUUUUUAUUUCAACACGGUCCUGUCGCUGGCCCGCUCCCUGGCCGUGCAGAGACCGGCAUCCCUGGAGAAGGUCCAGAAGCUGCUAUGUAUGUGCCCAGUCGAUUUCCAUGGCAUCUUCCAGUUGGAUGAAAGGCGGAGAGACGCAGUGAUUGCAUUGGGCAUUUUUCUCAUUGAAUCUGAUCUACAGCACAAAGAUUCUGUGGUUCCUUACCUUCUUCGACUUCUUAAAGGUCUUCCGAAAGUGUAUUGGGUAGAAGAAAGCACAGCUCGGAAAGGCAGAGGCACCCUCCCAGUGGCCGAGAGCUUCAGCUUCUGCUUGGUCACUUUGCUGUCUGACGUGGCUUAUAGGGACCCUUCCCUCAGGGAUGAGAUUUUAGAGGCGCUUUUGCAGGUUUUGCAUGUCCUUUUGGGAAUGUGCCAGGCCUUGGAGAUUCAAGAGAAAGAAUACCUCUGCAAGUAUGCGGUCCCGUGCCUCAUAGGAAUCUCCCGUGCAUUUGGGCGUUACAGCAACACGGAAGAGUCCCUCCUGUCCAGGCUCUUCCCCAGAGUCCCUCCUCAUUCCCUCCACGUCCCCGAGGAGCUGGAAGGUGUACGGAGGCGGUCCUUCAAUGACUUUCGCUCCAUCCUCCCCAGCAACCUGCUGGCGGUGUGUCAGGAGGGCACCCUGAAGAGAAAGGCCAGCAGCGUGUCCAGCAUCUCGCAGGUCAGCCCUGAACGAGGGGUGCCCCCUCCCAGCUCCCCUGGAGGAUCCACCUUUCACUACUUUGAAGCCUCUUACUUGCCUGAUGGGAGUGCCCUGGAGCCCGACUACUACUUCUCCACCAUCAGCUCCAGCUUCUCCGUUUCUCCUCUUUUCAAUGGCAUCACUUACAAGGAGUUCAGUAUUCCCCUGGAGAUGCUCCGGGAACUCGUAAACCUGGUGAAGAAGAUUGUUGAGGAGCCUGUUCUCAAGUCCCUGGAUGCAGUCGUAGCCAGCGUGAUGGAGGCCAACCCCAGCGCCGACCUCUACUACAGCGUGUUCAGCGACCCCCUCUAUGUGGCCACAUUCAAGAUGCUACGGGACACUCUGUACUACAUGAAAGACCUGCCCACCUCCUUUGUGAAGGAGGUCCAUGACUUCGUGCUGGAGCAGUUCAACACCAGCCAGGGGGAGCUCCAGAAGAUCCUGCAUGACAUGGACCGGACCCACAGCGAGCUGAGCCCCCUGAAGCUGCGCUGCCAGGCCAGUGCCGCCUGCGUGGACCUCAUGGUGUGGGCUGUGAAGGACGAGCAGGGUGCAGAGAAUCUGUGCAUCAAGCUGUCUGAGAAGCUGCAGUCCAAGACAUCCAGCAAGGUCAUCAUUGCUCACCUGCCCUUGCUCAUCUGCUGUCUGCAGGGUCUGGGCCGCCUGUGCGAGAGGUUCCCGGUGGUGGUGCACUCAGUGACGCCAUCCCUGCGGGACUUCCUGGUGGUCCCGUCCCCCGUGCUGGUGAAGCUGUACAAGUGCCACAGUCAGUACCACACAGUUGCCGGCAAUGAUAUAAAAAUCAGCGUAACCAGUGAGCAUUCCGAGUCAACCCUGAAUGUGGCGUCGGGGAAGAAGAGCCAGCCGUCCAUGUACGAGCAGCUGCGGGACAUUGCCAUCGACAACGUCUGCAGGUGCCUGAAGGCUGGCUUGACUGUGGAUGCAGUGAUCGUGGAGGCCUUCCUGGCCAGCCUCUCCAACCGGCUCUAUAUCUCCCAGGAGAGCGACAAGGAUGCUCACCUGAUUCCAGACCACACCAUCCGAGCCUUGGGCCACAUCGCAGUGGCCCUGAGGGACACCCCAAAAGUCAUGGAGCCAAUCCUGCAGAUCCUACAGCAGAAGUUCUGCCAGCCCCCCUCCCCGCUUGACGUGCUUAUCAUCGACCAGCUUGGCUGCCUGGUCAUCACCGGAAACCAAUACAUUUACCAGGAGGUGUGGAAUCUCUUCCAGCAGAUCAGCGUGAAGGCCAGCUCUGUUGUGUACUCAGCCACCAAAGAUUACAAGGACCACGGCUACAGGCACUGCUCACUGGCUGUGAUCAAUGCCCUGGCCAACAUCGCGGCCAACAUCCAGGACGAGCACCUGGUGGACGAGCUGCUCAUGAACCUGCUGGAGCUGUUUGUGCAGCUGGGGCUGGAGGGCAAGCGGGCCAGUGAGAGGGCCAGCGAGAAGGGGCCCGCCCUGAAGGCCUCCAGCAGCGCGGGGAACCUGGGCGUCCUCAUCCCUGUGAUCGCUGUGCUCACCCGGCGGUUGCUGCCCAUCAAAGAAGCAAAGCCGCGGUUGCAGAAGCUCUUCCGGGAUUUCUGGCUCUAUUCUGUGCUGAUGGGAUUUGCCGUGGAGGGGUCAGGACUCUGGCCAGAAGAGUGGUACGAGGGCGUCUGUGAAAUAGCCACCAAGUCCCCCCUGCUCACCUUUCCCAGCAAAGAGCCCCUGCGGUCUGUCCUCCAGUACAACUCAGCCAUGAAGAACGACACAGUCACCCCCGCCGAGCUGAGCGAGCUCCGUAGCACCAUCAUCAACCUUCUGGACCCGGCCCCCGAGGUGUCCGCCCUCAUCAACAAGCUGGACUUCGCCAUGUCCACCUACCUUCUGUCCGUUUACCGGCUGGAAUACAUGAGGGUCCUGCGCUCGACAGAUCCUGACCGCUUCCAGGUAAUGUUCUGCUACUUUGAGGAUAAAGCUAUUCAGAAAGACAAGUCUGGGAUGAUGCAGUGCGUGAUCGCCGUUGCCGACAAGGUGUUUGAUGCCUUCCUGAACAUGAUGGCAGAUAAAGCCAAGACCAAGGAGAACGAGGAGGAGCUGGAGCGCCAUGCGCAGUUCUUGCUGGUGAACUUCAACCACAUCCACAAGCGCAUCCGGAGAGUGGCCGACAAGUACCUGUCCGGGCUGGUGGACAAAUUCCCCCACUUGCUCUGGAGCGGGACGGUGCUGAAGACCAUGCUGGACAUCCUGCAGACCCUGUCGCUGUCACUGAACGCCGAUAUUCACAAGGACCAGCCUUACUACGACAUUCCGGACGCCCCCUAUCGCAUUACCGUUCCCGACACCUGCGAAGCGCGAGAGAGCAUCGUCAAGGACUUCGCUGCGCGCUGUGCGAUGAUCCUGCAGGAGGCCAUGAAGUGGGCGCCCACAGUCACCAAGUCUCACCUACAGGAAUACCUGAACAAACACCAGAACUGGGUGUCGGGGCUGUCGCAGCACACGGGGCUGGCCAUGGCCACCGAGAGCAUCCUUCAGUUUGCCAGCUACAACAAGCAGAACACCACCCUUGGGGCGACUCAGCUCACGGAGCGGCCAGCCUGCGUGAAGAAGGACUACUCCAACUUCAUGGCAUCCCUCAACCUGCGCAACCGCUACGCAGGCGAGGUGUAUGGGAUGAUCCGCUUCUCAGACGCCACAGGCCAGACGUCUGACCUGAACAAAAUGAUGGUCCAGGAGCUGAAGGCAGCGUUGGGCGCGGGUGACCCUCAGCACUACACAGAGGCCAUGUUCAAGCUGACGGCCAUGCUCAUCAGCAGCAAAGACUGUGACCCGCAGCUCCUCCAUCACCUGUGCUGGGGUCCCCUCCAGAUGUUCAACGAGCACGGCAUGGAGACGGCCCUGGCCUGCUGGGAGUGGCUGCUGGCUGGCAAGAAUGGAGUGGAAGUGCCGUUCAUGCGGGAGAUGGCGGGGGCCUGGCAGAUGACAGUGGAGCAGAAGUUCGGCCUGUUUUCUGCGGAGAUAAAGGAAGCAGACCCCUUGGCUGCGUCGGAAGCCAGUCAGCCCAAACCCUGUGCCCCCGAGGUGACCCCUCACUGCAUCUGGAUCGAUUUCCUGGUGCAGCGGUUCGAGAUUGCCAAGUACUGCAGCUCUGAUCAGGUGGAGAUCUUCUCCAGCCUACUGCAGCGGUCCAUGUCUCUGAGCAUUGGGGGCACUGCGGGGAGCAUGAACCGGCAUGUGGCGGCCAUCGGGCCCCGCUUCAAGCUGCUGACCCUCGGCCUGACCCUCCUGCACGCGGACGUGCUUCCCAAUGCGACCAUCCGCAACGUGCUCCGCGAGAAGAUCUACUCCACUGCCUUCGACUACUUCAGUUGUCCCCCAAAGUUCCCUACGCAGGGAGAGAAGAGGCUGCGUGAGGACAUAAGCAUAAUGAUUAAGUUCUGGACCGCCAUGUUCUCAGAUAAGAAGUACCUGACCGCCAGCCAGCUUGUUCCCCCAGGCAGACCCACGUGGACAGCCUGGCCGCCACGAAAGGGAAAAGCAGGCACAGUGAUUGUAAGCAGCUCUUGGCUCCACUCAGAGCAGGGCAGGCAGCCCUGCCAUCUGUCCCCACGGGUCCCCGAGUCAUCGCCAUGUAGGAGGACACUGGGAGAUAACCAGGACACCCGGAGCAAUCUGGACAUAGCGGUUGGCUCGCGCCAGCAGGCUACACAGGGCUGGAUCAACACCUACCCACUGUCUAGCGGCAUGUCCACCAUCUCCAAGAAGUCAGGCAUGUCCAAGAAGACCAACCGGGGCUCCCAGCUGCACAAGUACUACAUGAAGCGCCGGACGCUGCUGCUGUCCCUGCUGGCCACUGAGAUCGAGCGUCUCAUCACGUGGUACAACCCACUGUCAGCCCCAGAGCUAGAGCUGGACCAGGCUGGAGAGAGCAGCGUGGCCAACUGGAGGUCCAAGUACAUCAGCCUGAGCGAGAAGCAGUGGAAGGACAAUGUGAACCUCGCCUGGAGCAUCUCUCCUCAUCUGGCCGUGCAACUGCCAGCCAGGUUCAAAAACACAGAAGCUAUCGGCAAUGAGGUGACCCGUCUGGUUCGCUUGGACCCAGGAGCCGUUAGUGACAUCCCCGAAGCCAUCAAGUUCCUGGUCACCUGGCACACCAUCGACGCCGAUGCCCCCGAGCUCAGCCAUGUGCUGUGCUGGGCACCCGCAGACCCACCCACAGGCCUGUCCUACUUCUCCAGCAUGUACCCGCCGCACCCACUCACGGCGCAGUACGGGGUCAAAGUCCUACGGUCCUUCCCGCCGGAUGCCAUCCUGUUCUACAUCCCCCAGAUUGUGCAGGCCCUCAGGUAUGACAAGAUGGGCUAUGUGCGGGAGUAUAUUCUGUGGGCGGCAUCCAAGUCCCAGCUCCUGGCACACCAAUUCAUCUGGAACAUGAAGACGAACAUCUAUGUGGAUGAAGAGGGGCACCAGAAAGACCCUGACAUUGGCGACCUCCUGGAACAGCUGGUGGAAGAGAUCACAAGCUCCCUGUCUGGCCCGGCCAAGGACUUCUACCAGCGGGAAUUCGACUUCUUCAACAAGAUCACUAACGUGUCAGCCAUCAUCAAGCCCUACCCUAAAGGUGACGAGAGGAAGAGGGCUUGUCUGUCGGCUCUGUCUGAAGUGAAGGUGCAGCCUGGCUGCUACCUGCCCAGCAACCCCGAGGCCAUCGUGCUGGACAUCGACUACAAGUCCGGGACGCCCAUGCAGAGCGCUGCAAAGGCCCCGUAUCUGGCUAAGUUCAAGGUGAAACGAUGCGGAGUUAGUGAACUUGAGAAGGAAGGUCUGCGGUGCUGCUCAGACUCCGAGGAUGAGGGCAGCACGCAGGAGGCCGAUGGCCAGAAAAUCUCCUGGCAAGCAGCCAUCUUCAAAGUGGGAGACGACUGCCGUCAGGACAUGCUGGCCUUGCAGAUCAUCGACCUCUUCAAAAACAUCUUCCAGCUGGUUGGCCUGGAUCUCUUCGUCUUUCCGUACCGGGUGGUGGCCACCGCCCCUGGGUGCGGGGUGAUCGAGUGCAUCCCUGACUGUACCUCUCGGGACCAGCUGGGCCGCCAGACCGACUUUGGCAUGUACGACUAUUUCACACGCCAGUACGGGGAUGAGUCCACGCUGGCCUUCCAGCAGGCACGCUAUAACUUCAUCCGCAGCAUGGCUGCCUACAGCCUCCUGCUGUUCCUGCUGCAGAUCAAGGACCGGCACAACGGCAACAUCAUGCUGGACAAGAAGGGCCACAUCAUCCACAUCGACUUUGGCUUCAUGUUUGAAAGCUCCCCGGGUGGCAACCUCGGCUGGGAACCAGACAUCAAGCUCACGGACGAGAUGGUGAUGAUCAUGGGGGGCAAGAUGGAGGCCACCCCCUUCAAGUGGUUCAUGGAGAUGUGUGUCCGCGGCUACCUGGCCGUGCGGCCCUACAUGGACGCCGUCGUCUCUCUGGUCACUCUCAUGCUGGACACGGGCCUUCCCUGCUUCCGCGGCCAGACAAUCAAGCUCUUGAAGCACAGGUUCAGCCCCAACAUGACAGAGCGAGAGGCCGCAAAUUUCAUUCUAAAGGUCAUUCAGAGCUGCUUCCUCAGCAACAGGAGCCGGACCUAUGACAUGAUCCAGUACUAUCAGAACGACAUCCCCUACUGAGGGGCAGAGUGCCGCAAUCACUGCUUGCUGCUGCGCAUGGCCUACCACCUCAUCCGAUGGACAGAUGGGCCGAGACGCCCCUGCAGAGCCCGGCAACCCGCUGCCUCCCGAGGUGUCGCCUACAUGGCCCGUGUGGCUGGAACGACAAUCAGAGCCAGUCUUUGCGCAGGUGUGAGCUAUGCUUACACUGGACACAUUCCCUACCUGUCUUGUUCUCAGAGGUACAUGAAGUAUUUUCUUGUGUAUAAAAAAUGGAAAAAUUAUAUUCAACCUAAGAUUCAACCAACGUGAACAAAAUAAAAACAAAAAAACUGCGUUGGAACCAA